CGAUAUUCCAUCUCUCCGGUUUUGCUAGUACAAUCGUAUACGCUAGUUGAAAACCGAUUCUUCUAAAAAUAACCAUUUUUUAACCAAUACUCUAUAGUUAUACUCGUCUAUUAAGAGGUACUAUGGAGGGUUUGUAUAAGAGACGAUGUAAUUAGUUAGUUGCUUUGCUUUAUCAAAAGACUUAUUUGUCUUUCUUUAUAACAAGUACUAAGAAAAUGAAAAGAAUCUAAAAUUCUCAGUAAAUUCGUUUUAAAUUACCUAUUCACAUUAGUCGUGCAUAGUAGGACAUCACUUUUCCAAGAGAACGUCCCAACUCACAAAGCAUUGAUUUCAACUAGCAAUUCGGAAUUUUGAAUGCAUAAAGCAGCGACUGUGGAUACGACCCCAAAAAUAGUUACACUCUAUAAAUGCUUAACUAAUCGAAAUUGGACAGGGAACCUGGAUAAUGUUUUUUGGCGUGAAUUCUUCCUUCUCAGUCCCCGUCUUUCGGAGCUGAAGCAAAUACUUAAUGAGACAUCGACACAAGAUUUAAUUUACAAUGGCUGGAAGAUUCAUGGAAUGUAUCUUUUUGCUGUAGACUUGCUUCGAUCAAAGGAUGAAGAUUUACGUAUUCAUAACGCUUUAACAACUUUACAGACGUUCGUCUCAACAAUGUAUGACCAUAAGUCUUCGGAUGCGAGUUUUUCUGUGUAUUUGUUACUGGGAAACAUUGAUUCUAUCGACACCCAAUUUUCAUUGUUCAUUCAGAAUCUGUGUGAUCUCAUCAAAACAUCUGAAAAUGCUCAGUGCGUCCAAGAUUCCCUAUCAUUUUUCUUAAAUUUCCUUGCUACUUUAUACAACUCUUCAUUAAUAUCUCAUAUCUAUGGGAGCUAUGAUGUUUUCACUACUUUAGUCACCGCCGUCUUGCAUGAAAAACCUGGCUUCGAAUAUGCUAUAUAUGCACUCGGUCUACUAAGCGCCUGCGAUAAGUUUGAAACCGUUAACACACUCCGGAUUCAUUUGUCUCAAAUCACUGAAGAACCCUUCUUUGAGGCUAUCUUAAAAUAUUCCGUCAUCCAGCUUACUGCUAUAAGAGAUGAAUACGUAGCCAUAAAGCAAGAUGACCCUCCUGUCCCUUCACUCUUUAGCUUCUUUACUAUUCGGUCUUCUCCUUCGAAUCCUGAUGCUAAUCAGGAACAGCAAUUCGCUGCUCUGCCCGAUAAACGAUUGGUGAUGUUUUUAACCAUUUACGAACUUUGCACUUGUAACAAAUACUUUUGCAAAUUUCUUCUUCAAUAUCAAAAACCGAACAAUCCUGAUUCUCCUUUAUCAACUUUAGUUUCACUAGCUUCUUAUAUAAAUGUUCAUCAGAGGCAAUCCAAACGCACAUAUCAUUUUUCUAUGCUCUUCUUAAUUCUUUUUCACUUCUUCAUAGACGAUCCUAUCACCUCUUCUCUACUACUGAAUACCGAUUUAGAAUCACGAGUCCGAAUCUGUUUGCAGCGAUAUCCUUUCCCUUCUUUUCCUACAAAACCUUACGUCCCCAUAGGAUAUAUUUUAGAUAUAUGUUGCCUUGGGAUUCAACAUAAUGCAAAAUUGAAGAUCAAUACUCCAAUAUAUGUUUUAUAUCUUAGAUUUUUGCAUAAAUCUUUUGCUUUGCUGGUACAAAACCACAUACGAUUGGAAUAUCAUUGGAAAGAGCUUUGGAGAUUCUUAUUUUCUUUUUUAGGAUUUUGCAACACGCUCAUAAAUUCAGAAUUUUCCAAUAACGCUCCCCCGAUCGUGGAGGCAUUAAUGGAUUUGCUUGCCUACACAGUUGCAAAUGCCGACGCCUUUGUUGAAAAUACUGAGGAAAUGGUAGACUUGUUAUACAAAUUAAUUCGCAAUGCUCAGAUCUUUCAGUCAGUGUCUUCAAAAGUAAAACUAAAAAACCAACGUUCUGCUCAUUACCUUUUUGAAGUAAUUAGUUAUUUGAGCACAAAAGCUUCCGAAUCUCCAGAUAGCUCUGCUGAGGAAUUAAUGGCUAUAAUAAAGGAAGUAAUUGAAACGAUUCCGGUUGCAGAACCACAUAUUUUAUCAAAUGUACCUCCUUUAAGAGAAUCUAACUAUCGUUUGUUUCAUAAACGAGUCAGUAGGGAUAUGGCCGAGUUACUACGAAACGUUUAAACUGAAUUAGUUAGUGAUGUCUACUAAUAAUUAAUGACUUUUGCUGACGAAAGAGAUGUUUGGCUGAAAUUUGCAAUUAAAACAAAAGAUAUAUAUAUCUUCGCUUCUUCAUGCACUCCAUUCAACUCUUUACUAGUGUGCUAUUCAAGUUGUAUCUCACAUAUUACUUACGAUUGCUACACACUGUAUUCUUAUACUCUGUGAAAUCUAAAAUCAAUUUUUAAUACACGAUUCAAAAAUUUAUUUUUACCUAAAUUAAAUGUACCACAGAAUCGAAAGAGAGUUUAUACUUUUAAAGGAUACAACACGAACUAUACUAGUUCUCUUUAUAAAUAAUGAAAGCAGAUAUAACUGUUUCGUGGAAAAGCGCUUCAUACACCGUUUGAUUUAAGUCAAAGCUAGCCACGAAAAUAUGACUGUAAACCUUCCAUUCAGAAUGUGGACAAUGCAAAAAUCAAAUUCUAUCCAAAAAGCCAACCCCAAUAGAGAAUAUUUUCACUCUCCUUCACAAUUCACCGGAAGGAUAUAAAAAGAACCCGAUAAAUUCCGUUCAAAGGCGAUUUGUCUUUCACCUUUAAAAUCUUCCACGUCCACGGAAACCACCGCGAGAUGAACCACCACGGAAACCACCUCCUCCACGGCCACCACGGAAGCCACCGCCGCGAGGUGCACCACCACCACGGAAACCGCCGCCGCCACGGCCACCACGGAAACCACCGCGUCCGGCAGCAGCAGUUUUUGGCUUUUUAACAGCAGGGCCCUUAGGCUUGGGUAAGAAGCGUUCCAAGGGAAGGAGCUUAUCGCCUCCAAUGUAGACCUUGUCACCGACCUUGAAAGAGCUAGAUACAAUGCCCUCUGAAGGCUUAACAGUGAAGUAGACUUGAUUCAUGGGGCCCAAAAUCUCAUCAAUCUUGCCAAUUUGAGACUGAAAUUUCGUUAGCAUCAUCUUCAUAUCCAAAAUUACUGAAUGAUUAACCUACCUUGUUCUCCAAGUAAAUAGGAGCAUUGAAGUAAGGGAUCUUGGGAUUGGUAGAUUGACAAACCAUGUCUCCUUCACAAUCAUGCAUAAAGGUACCAAUUUCUAUUUGUUUCAACGAUUAAUAAUCUACGACCUGAUAAAAAAGGACCGAAACUUUGUACACCAUCGAUGCUGUCUCGUUUUUAAAGCUUCUUACCUAAAACUUGAUCAGGAGGACCAGCAGGGGUAAAAGGACGAUAUCCAGGACGUCCUCCUCUGAAUCCACCUCCGCGACCGCCACGAAAA